AUGCAGACGGGAGCCACGGUUUUAGCAGCGCCCUACAUGGACGCAAGCGAAGACGCAAAUGAACUGGAAAAGGCAAUGAAAGGCAUUGGUACCGAUGAAAAGAAAAUAAUAAAUAUUUUGGCCAAUCGUACAGUUCAACAAAGACAAGAAAUUGCCAGGGCUUAUAAAGCUGCUUAUGGCAAGGAUCUGCAAGGGAGGCUGCGUAGACACCUCAGUGGUGACAUCCGGCGAGCCGUGCUCUGCUCCUUCUAUGACAAGGCUCAUGUGAACGCAAGGGCCUGCUACAAGUCUAUAAGGGGUCCGGGCACCGACGAGCAAAUUCUGAUUGACGUGAUUUGCACGUCGGAUAACGCGGAAAUUUACAGUCUCAAGAGAGCCUAUCGUGACACUGUGAGGCACAAUCUCGAAGCUGAUGUGAAGGGCGAUGUGAGGGGCGACUUGGAAUUUGUGUUGGUGGCUUUGCUGCAAGGGAAACGCGAGACCGCAUUUAACCAGGCUCAAGUGAAUAAGGACGCCGAGGCCCUCUACAGUGGGGGCGAGAAAAAAUUAGGAACGGAUGAAUCCUUGUUCACGCGGAUUCUGGUUACGCGUAGCUUCAAGUCAAUCCGUGCUAUCAACGAAGCCUACAAAGAGACAUCCCUGGCAGAAAUUCAACGGGUUUUCAAUAUAAAAUACACAAGGAAAAACUUGCGCGAAAUGGUGAAAGACGACACAUCAGGCAAUUACAAGAAAUUUCUUCUCGCCAUACUUGGUGAAAAAUGA